UUAUUCAACUGUUAUUUUUGUUUGAUCCUGUAGAUUUUCUGUUUGCGUUUGAUCUGAUUGCAAUGGUGGCAUAUGAAUUUCUGUUGUUUAGGCGUAUGUCUAAUUCAUGUGUUUCUGUUCCUUGAGCUGAGUGGUAUGUCUGACUGAUUAGUAGAGACUUAUAGGCUGACUGCUGUUUAACUGAAUACUUUGUAAUCUAAUUUGAUAUAGUAGUCUGUUUUGCCUCGUUUAAUCAUAUGUUUUUUAUGUUUGGUCCGUCUGACUGAUUGAUUGAUGAGUCGUCCAGCGCUUCUUGAUUGUGUAUCGAGCUAAAUAUUCUUCAUGUCUUUUUUGUGUUCCUUAAGGCUUAGCUGUUGUUUUGCUCUAGGUGAUCAGCUCAUUAUGUCUACAAGUAGGUGUGAUAGUCACGCUGAUUCAGUCUGUCGACUGUCUUGUUCGUUUAGUGAAGAAGAUUUUAGUUCUCUCUUUCAAAGUUCUGCUGAGAUGGUUGAUUGCAACCGAAUUACAGUAGUAGAAUUGGGGGGUCGUCCUUUAGGUGAUGUUACUGGAAGGGGAAUAGAUUCUAACGAACCUAUUGAUGGUGGUAUGCCGGGUUCUGGUAGUAUGCUUAGUUCUAAUCCUAGGUCUUCCAUAAGUUUAGGUGAGUUGACCUAUCUUCGUCGUCAUUAUGAGAUCCCUGAUACCAUCAGUCUGCAUGCUCCUGCUAAGGCGGAGCGGCCUGACUGGCACUUACCUGGUUGGGUGUGUCUGUAUGAACUUCCCUUCAAAGAAGGGCUUCGGUUUCCCAUCCCCCGAUUAGUCGUUGAGUUGUGUGAGUACCACGAGAUUUCGCCCGGACAACUAAUGCCAAAUUCAUGGCGGAUUUUGAUGUCUCUCGAAGUCCUUUGUGAAAGGCACAAGAUAACACUUGGGGUGGCUGACUUGUUGAGAGCUUACUACUUGAAGGCACACCUUAAUGACAAAGGUAGGUACCAGUUAACAACUAGGGGGAAGGACCCUCCUUUAAUUAUUAGUUUGAAGAGUGGAGAUAAGAGGUGGAAGGACCGUUACUUCUUCGUCCCUUUCGUCUCGUUGGGGUUACCUGCUGAUAGUAGGAUACCUUGUUCAUGGUCUCCUGCAUGUAGGCUUCGAGUUGAGUACCUUUGGGAUUCGAGGGAGUCUUCUGGUCGACUUAAGAGUAUUCUUGCUAUUCCUGAGGCGGAGCGUGAGUGGAGUGAUUUGCUGUCUGAAUCGAGUCUUCGUCAGAGUUCUUUGUGGCGCUCUGUUGAAAAACUCCCUGAAGACGUAGCUAUGUCCCGACCCUUUACACUUCCUCUAACCGGUUCCAAUGCCUUGGAACGUUUGCGUCAAGCAAAGAAAUCGUCCGUUGGGAGCUCAGAAGCUGAUAGAGAGGUUGUUGUGCCUCCGGCUGAUCCCCCUGUUUUGACGCGGAGUCAGACGAAAAAAAAGAAGAAGGCUGUGCGGGAUGAUUCUUCCGACCCAUUUAGCGACACCGUUGCCCUUUCGUUCCCUUCCAAUGCUGCGGCCUAUAGUGAGAUUGGGCCUCACUUAGGAGAGAUUGAUAAGUUGUUGUGGCCCGAAGAUGAUCACAGAAUGGAGCAGGUUGGUACGGAUGGGUCAAUUGAUACCACUGUUUCUCAUUUGUUCCAGGGUUUGCAAGGGGUCAUUUGGCUGAAGAAGAAAAUCAAGUCCUUAAUGGCAACUCUAAAGGAAGUAAGGAGUCAGAGAAAUGAUCUUCGGGGUGAAGUUAGUCGGCUGAAAGAUUCCAAGAAGGAGUCUGAUCAACUCAUAGCUGAUUUGAAGGCUCAACUAGAAUCCAAGGAAGCUGAUGUCGAGAAGCUGAGAGUGACUCUUGGUCAAGUUGAUGAUUUGAAAGCCGAGGUUGCUUCGUUGGAGAAUCGGAUGUUGGUCAUUGGGAUGGAGGCUGAGAUCCAAUGCCGUGGCGUAAUGGCUAGUGAGUUUCGGGAUGGUAAGGCUGAUAGCUGGGAUGUUCCCAAAUACAUUGCUGAUCUUGAGGAAUUGGAGAAGAUGAGGGCUGAAGAGAUAACCCGGGCCGAAGAGUUAGCCACUUCUUUUGGCAUCAUGACUACUAAUGAUCUGGUUGUGGAUGACUGAUUCCUCUUCUACUUGUGUUCAUUGUCGUGGGAUAACAGAGUUUGUCGGGCCUUUUCUAGUUGUAGUAUGAACUUUUUCUUAUGUAGUAUUGUAUCCUGAUCUAACUGACCUAGUUUUGUUGUAUUAUGGCUUGUUGUAGCUUUUGUUAGUGUUGUUUAAGUUAUUGUUCUGGUAGCUUUUGUAGUCCUUGUAUCGGAUGCUGAUUGGCUGAAUGACUUAUGGAGUAUUAGUGUCUUAUUCCCCCAAUCUAAGUAUAAAGUGACUUAGUCAAUUUAUAUUUAGAUUUGUUAUUGAACUAUUC